UUGGCGUAUUUUACAAACCGGGGAAGCAGCAGCAGCCGCAAGCAGAAGCAGAAGCAGAAACCCAAGAAAUCGGCGAAAAACCCGAGGAAGUAGAGGUGACCCGGAGGGCCUCCUGGAAUGCCGCCAUGACUACCCUCCAAACCAAUAAGGAUCCCCAUCUCCGAGGUGUAUCUCCCAACCCUAGCAAGAUUCCAGUACUCUCCCAAAGAUGCCAAGAUUUUUCCUCAGUCAAGUCGCGCUCUCUGGACCAGGAGAACCAAGAUCCGAGGACACCAGCACAGAAACCACCGCGCAGUACUCAACGUCAACGUCCACUCACUGACACGGCAGGCCUCAGAUCGAAAACCUUGCACCAGACUGAAAAAUCACCAAGCUUGAAGACCCUGCGGAACCCUCUGGAGGAACUCAAGCCUAGCUCUGGGGGAUCAAAUGUGGGGCUUGUGACCCAUCCCCAGACAGAGGCCAUAGGGGCUAUAGAGUUUGUGGCUGACCCUGCAGCCCUGGCCACCAUCUUGUCAGGUGAGGGAGUGAAGAGCUGUCCCCAGGGGUACCGGUCCAGUCUGGCUCAGAGAGUGCUAGUCCGUGAGAGAAAGGGAGGCACCACCCAGAGGGGCCAGAGUGCAAGGUCUUCUGCAUACCUGGCUCCCAGAAUCCCCACCCAUCAAGUGGGUCCUGCCAGGGCUUCCUGCUUCUCAAGACUGGAGGGCCCGGGACUCCGGGACCACACUUUGUCCCCACCCCGGUUAGAGGCUCUGAAUCCACCUCCAGGCUCCUCUCACUCCUCCACUCGACCCAGCUUACAGGAGCUAAGAAGAGAGACAUGUGGCGGCGGCAGGGACGGGGACUGUACUGACAGAAGGACCUCAGCAAGCCAAGCCUCAAGACUGCUCCUGAAGACCCCGGUUCAGCCUGCUUCCUUACCCCUCCGAGGCGAGCAGGAGGCUGUCCCUCACUCCGACGACGGAGGGGGAAGACAUCAUCUGGGUCUGGCUCAACGGAUACCAUUAAAAGAAAGUCUGACAAACACCAGGAGCACAUAUUCAUCCAUGAAACGCUUUGCCAUUCGACGGAAAGCCCAAUUCACACCCCUCCGAUCGCUACCUAAAGUUCAGCAGGCUCAGUGGCUGAGUGGCCUCUCCCCUCAUUCCUCCCCUGAAGAGCCUGCCCUGCCCUGGAGGCAGAUUGCUAUGAAGUUGUUUGACCAGGAGAGUCGCAUCACCUUGCAGAAGGAACCCAGGAAACCAUCGGUGGCAAGCACUUCCGGGCCUCGCCCCAAGAGAACCCCCAGCCACCAGGAGCUAAGGAUACAGCGCAUCAAUAUUUUGCAACAGCUCUUGCAGCAGGAGGUAGAGGGGCUGGCCAUGGGCGAUGGUGCCCCUCUGAAUGGAGGCUCUGCUUUCGAUAUGACUGAACUAAAGCUCCCGACGGCUGAAAUUUCUAGAACUCUGACAGCUUCAGAACACAAUUCUGGAGCUGCCCUUGUUGGACUGUCACAACACUCUGGUGCGACAGAGCCCCUCCUUUCGGAAGAGUGUGAGGAGCCACAGGCCUACCCUGAGGAGACUAAGGCGGCUCAGCCCUGUUCUACCACAGAACUAAAGCCCCCAGUGCCACACAGAGCUGAGCCAGAGCUGCCGGAGCCGUGCCUUCCAGCACUGUCCGGACCCCCUCUGCCUAGCUGUCGGGGACAGGCUGAGCCCCCCAUGGCCUGCCCUAGGACAGAGCCGGGAGCAUCGGCAGCCUGCGCUCUGGAAGCUGGAACCCCAGAGUCCAGCACGCAGCCCUGUUGCAAUCAGGGGCCUCCAGCAACAGCCAGCUUGACCUUCUCGUCCCAAAGCCCAGUCUGUGCCAGCCCCUCUAUUCACUCACUCUACCCAACAGGCUAUUCAGGCCCCAGCAGCUUGGCCCCUCGGACCCUGGCUCUGAGGCAGCGCCUCAGGGCGUGUCUCGACACCAUCCAUAGCUUCCAGGAGGCUCACCUGGAUGAUGAAUGCGCCUUCUACACCAGCCGAGCCCCACCUCCCGGGCCCACCCGGGUCUUCACCAACCCCGUGGUCACAACGCUUGAAUGGCAAGAUGCCCUGCGUUUCGUUCCAAUUGGCCCUGUGGUCCCACAGGACUCUCCAUCAUGACUCCGGUCUUUACUGGGCUUCUCCUCUGCUGCACUCACCUCUUCCUUUAGCCUUAUUUAUUGUUGGCCUGCCCAUUGGACUGGGAGCCAACGCCCCUUUAUCCUUUAAUAAAGUUUCUAUAAAUUGUGUUUGAA